AUACCCGUCACUUGGAAUCGGAGUCGACUCCAAUAUUUCUGGAAUCUAACAGCCCUGCCGCAAAUGUGUGUCUGUGUCGCUGCUGUUUGAAGGACUCGGAAAAAGUAUGUUUGUCGCCCUCUUCUGGCGUCUGGCUAUCGUCCAUGCUGACUGUUUUCCUGGCCACAGACAUCACAGAAAGACUUUCAAUGAUCACAAAAGCACACAAAACCAUAUUUAUCCCGAAUCGUUAGAACUAAAAUGUUUACAACCAGACAAAGUCAGGGUAGCGCGUUAUAGAUAUGUGCCGUAUGAAAACAGGAUGUAGCUAAUGCCGUUAUGUGACCCAGAUACACAAACACACCAUGUGACAAGAUUGUGUUAAUGACUUCGAAGAUACCGCUCUCAUAAAAUAAAUAAGUCCAAUAAUGUUACUGAAAUCACUAGAGUGGGACACCUAACAGCCUAAAUUAAGACCAUAAUCUAAUUUUGUUCUCAGUUUGACUGCUGAGAGCCGCUUUUUAUUGCCUUAUUGUGGAGACUACACACACUCCUCGGCUCCUCCUCACACAUGGAUGGGUGUAGUGUGAGUGGAUUAGGCGGAGAAAAGUCGCCUGUGUGAGGGAACCGAGCCUCCUCCUCCGUGGGUGAAGGGGAGUGUCCUUGCUCGGUCAUUGAGCCGAGUCGUCACUGAUCGGGGCCAGGCUAAAGCUUUGACUGACAGCAGAGGAUGAGCGCUUUCUCCAGGCUACUGUGAGACCUGUGGGGCAGGGGUGGGGGGGUUUGAGCCCAUUUUACCGGGACAGGACCACACGGGGAUACUGGUUCAGGUGCACUGGUCUCUUUCUGAUUGAAGACCUGCAAAGGUUUUGUCUAAACUGUGAGCUUGACCUGUGCUGUAGGAAUAAUGACUGUUGCCAAUGCCAAGAGUGGUACAGCUAUGCAGCAAGUGUUGGAUAACCUGAAAGAGCUGCCCCCCUCCACUGGAGCCAAAGACAUUGACCUCAUCUUCCUUCGAGGAAUCAUGGAGAGCCCCAUUGUUCGUUCACUUGCCAAGGCUCAUGAGCGGCUGGAGGAUGUGAAGCUGGAGGCAGUGCGGAAAAACAAUGUAGAGCUGGUCACUGAGAUUCUGUCGGACAUCAGUGUUUUGGCUGACCGUAAUGACAGCGCAGCAGAGCUGUCGAAGAUUCUCAAAGAGCCUCACUUCCAGUCCUUAAUGGAGGCUCAUGAUAAAGUUGCUGCUAAAUCUUAUGAAACACCUCCGUCUGCGGCAAACAACACUAAUGCGAGCAGUGCUUCCCUCAUGCCUGCAGACACUGUGCGCAUGAUUAGCAUCCAGAAGAAAGCGGGAGAGCCAUUGGGCGUGACAUUCCGAGUGGAAAAUGGUGACCUGGUCAUUGCUCGUAUUCUCCAUGGCAGCAUGAUUGACAGGCAGGGUAUGCUGCACACGGGCGACAUCAUCCGAGAAAUGAAUGGUCGAGAGGUGGGCGGAGACCCCAAAGUGCUGCAGCAAAUGCUCAAAGAUGCCAGUGGCAGCAUCACCCUCAAGAUCUUACCCAGCUACAGAGACACACCCCCUCCAGCAAAGGUGUAUUUGAGACCUCAUUUCAACUAUAACCCUGACACAGACAAUCUAAUCCCAUGUAAAGAGGCUGGACUGGCCUUCUCUAAAGGAGAGAUUCUGCACAUAGUGAACAGGGAGGACCCCAACUGGUGGCAGGCAUGUAGUGUUGUUGGUGGCAAGACUGGACUCAUCCCAAGCCAGUAUUUGGAAGAAAAGAGGAAAGCAUUUGUACGAAGAGACCAGGAUGGAUCUGGAAUUCUCUGUGGGACAAUAACUGGAAAAAGAAAAAAAAAGAAAAUGAUGUACCUGACAGCAAAGAAUGCAGAAUUUGACCGGCAUGAACUACAGAUCUAUGAGGAGGUAGCCCGGAUGCCUCCAUUCCAGAGGAAGACGUUGGUUCUGAUAGGUGCUCAGGGGGUGGGACGCAGAAGUCUGAAGAACAGGCUGAUUGUGCUGAACCCUUUACGCUUUGGCACCACUGUACCCUUCACGUCUCGACGCCCACGUGAAGAGGAGAAGGAUGGUCAGUCGUAUUGCUUUGUGUCCAGAGCUGAGAUGGAGGCGGACAUUAAGGCCGGCCGCUACCUUGAGCAUGGAGAGUAUGAUGGAAACUUGUACGGUACCAAAAUCGACUCCAUCCAUGAGGUCGUACGCACAGGACGCACCUGCAUUCUGGAUGUCAACCCACAGGCACUGAAGGUGCUGAGAACGGCGGAAUUCAUGCCAUUUGUGGUCUUCAUCGCUGCUCCUGAGCUGGACACACUAAGGGCCAUGCACAAAGCUGUGGUGGAUGCAGGGAUCACCACUAAACUACUCACGGAAACAGACUUAAAGAAAACAGUGGACGAAAGUGCCAGGAUCAAACGGGCAUAUAGCCAUUACUUUGACUUUACAAUAGUGAAUGAUAAUCUAGAUAAGGCUUUUGAGAAACUGCAGGCUGCUGUGGAGCAGUUGUGCUCAGAGCCUCAAUGGGUACCUGUUAACUGGGUUUACUGAACAGUGCAGCGGACCAUGGGUUCCAACAUCACUGUCAUCAUCCUCAUUCUCAUCAUCGCUGGUGUCAUGGACCACGGCAGGACUGACAGUGGCCAGGGUGGCUCACCAUGGCCCUGAGGUCCAAACCUGCUAUGCAAAGCUGCACCAACCAUGAGAAACAGAAGGGAAGUGUACUUAUUUAUUGAUUUUUAGAAAAAAAAAAAACUUUCUACCAGCAGAACACAUCUUAAGACAAACUAUUUCUUAUGUUACUAUCCAAACUAUAUAUUUCCAGGGUGUUCCAAGUAGUUUUGUAUAUAUAAGGAGAAGCUGAAGCAAAAUUCAUUGUUGCGAUUUCUUGAGAAAACUCUUGGUACUGGAUUGCUUUAGUGCUGCUCUCAUCUCAUUGAUCUCUGUUGUAUCACAACCUCGUUUUUUUAAAAAAAACAAAACUUUUUUUUUUGGUGUUCAUUUAAAAAUACUAGCUAUUCUUUACUUACAUUGUGUGAACAUUUUAUGAUGAUUGGACCAACAGAAAUGGUCCAAAAUGAGUGGGAAUAAAAUUUUGUUACAUUAAA